ACCUGACUCUGAUCAAGUCCAAAGAUUGUGUGAAAAGUGUACGGUUCUAAAAGUUGGCUAAAAGUUUCCAAAACUAUUCACAACUCAAGCAAAUUAUAAUUGACGUCGAACAAUUUGCGUGGAGAUUGCUAAACAAAUUCUCUUGAAAAAUGUGGUACAGCAAGUGCAGUUGGACUUUGGUGGUGUUGGUGACGCUCUUUGCCCUUGUGACAGGUUCCUGCCUGGAAUACGGACAUUCUUGUUGGGGAGCUCAUGGCAAAAGAUCCGGCGGCAAGGCGGUAAUAGAUGCCAAGCAGCAACCUGGAUCCAACUCAUAUGCAAUUGAUACCCUGGCGGAGCAACUGUACAACAAUAACAACCAGAACGGCCCCGAUGACAACGACGACGACAGCAACAGCAAUACCAAUGCGAAUAGUGCUAGCAACUUAGCCGUGGCAGUGCCUGUGCUUUCGGUCCGUCGAGAAUCGGAGGAUCGCAACCGGAAUGGCCUGAAGUGGACGCAGCUGAUGCGGCAGCAUCGCUAUCAAUAUCGGCAGUUGCAGGAUCAGCUACAGCAGGGGCGUGGCAGGGGCGGCCAGUACGAUGCAGCCGCCGAAAGUUGGCGGAAACUGCAACAGGCGCUGCAAGCCCAAAUCGAGGCCGAAAACGAAAUGGACCAGGUGCCGACCUACGAUCUCACAAAGUGA